GCCCGAGCAACUUGGCUGCUGCUGCUGCUCAAUCGCGGCUGUGAAGCGACCUGGAUUUACAGUGUGGAGAUGCGGAAUUAGGUGGCCGGUUCUUUCCCCGGGCCAGCAGCGCAGAACAGAACAGGGAUUGCAAUUUAAAUGACACGACCAUAUUUUUUUUUCUCCCUAAACAACAACAACAGCAACAAUAAUUUGCAGAGUUUGACCCGCUGUGCAGCAGUUAGUUUAUUUUUCAGAUCUGUACAAAUUGCACGGUUUUCCCCGGAGCGCGCGCCGGUCACGGAUCUGAAGAGUUGUUGUUGUUGUUGUUUCCACUGAUUUUUUUUUUUUUUGGAGAAGCGGGUGAUAUUUCGGUUAUCACGGAAUCAAAUUGUCUUUCUUGAGAGACCCAAAAAUGGACGUGCUGGCGAAUUACAGUAUCUUUCAGGAACUUCAGCUGGUCCAUGACACGGGCUACUUCUCAGCGAUGCCGUCGCUGGAGGAGAACUGGCAGCAGACGUGUCUAGAGCUGGAACGGUAUCUACAGACCGAGCCCAAGCGACUGUCCGACCUCUUUGAUGAGGAUCUGGACUGCUUGUUGACACCAGGUUUCAUGAAGGGGGACAGCGACGAGGACCUGAUGGAUCCACUGCUUCCCAGCCUGUCAGACCAGCCGAGUCCGCCACCACUGCUCGUGUCUCUGCCCAAAAACCUUCACACUCCAGCCAGUGGUAAGACCACUGAGGCAGGGGCGAAAGAGGGCAAUGGGGGCGUCCACCCAGCACAGCUGAGUGCCGUCACCUCACUAACGCCACCCUCCUCACCAGAACUGGGCCGGCACCUGGUCAAGCCAACGCAGACCCUCACCGCCACACCUGAUGGCACGCUCACGCUCAAGUUGGUGGCAAAGAAAGUGGGGUUGGCCACUGCCAAAUUGGUGGCGACACAGUCAUUGCCUUCACCACCAGCCCGGGGAGCACAGAGCGAUGGAGAAGGAGGCUUGGGAUCAGCAGGAAUUGGUGACAUCCCAGAGAACAAGAAGAGGGUCCACCGCUGCCAGUUCAAUGGCUGCAGGAAGGUUUACACAAAGAGUUCCCACUUGAAGGCACACCAGAGGACACACACAGGUGAGAAGCCGUACAAAUGCUCCUGGGAAGGCUGUGACUGGCGCUUUGCCCGCAGCGACGAGCUGACUAGGCACUACCGCAAGCACACCGGCGCCAAGCCCUUCAAGUGUAACCACUGCGACAGGUGUUUCUCCAGGUCUGACCAUUUGGCUCUGCACAUGAAGAGGCACAUCUGAGGAGGGUGAAGGGGAGAGAGAGAGAGAGAGAGAGAGAGAGAGGUAAGGCGGAGAGGGGGAGAAAAAAAAAAGUCGAAGAAGUGGUGUUCCCCGUCCAGAGAUGAAGACUCCUGUGGAGACCUCAACAUCCAAGCCUGAAGGAAAUUGAGGCUACAAAGAAGAAACAAGGCAACGAGAACAUGAGAGCAGAGCUUGCUGGAUUCUUCACUUCUUGACAGUUUUCAAAUAUAUAUAAAUAUAUAUAUAAUCAUGCCAUUUUUCUCUUCUUUUUUUUUUUUAAAUCAGUUCCUUAGCUCAAGCGACUAGCUUGGGAAUCAGACACUGCCAAACAAUAGCUGUUUUUUCUGCACUAUUGCUCUUCUUUGUACAGUAAGUCAUAAGACAGGAGACCUGUGGACACUGCAUUGCUCACAAACACAUUACAUUUAAUCAGAAAACAACACUUAAUCUCUAAUGUACUAUCUAAUGUGCUCUCAGUUAUACAGACAACACCUUCUGGGGGGGGGGAGAGAAAUACUUCCUUCUUCCGUUUGCACCAAGGACUCAUGAUAAAAACCGAACUGCGGUUCACGCCAUGUACAGCAAGCUGCCACUUUGGAGGAUGACGUUGCCAAACAUUCUGGACAGUGACCAAGGGAGAGCUAGUGGCCAAAAGCAAGAAGUCCCUGGAAGGAGCCCGUGCGCUGACCACCUCUGCUCUUCGCUUCAGAGCGUGCUCCUCUCUUCACGCCUCUCACCUUGCAGGCAUCUGAAACAAUGCGCAGCGACACUUUCUUGCCUUUUUUUUUUUUUUAAAAGACAGUGUUACAUAACUAAAGAACUGAUGUCUUAAAACUUAAAAAAAAAAAUUACAAAAAAAAAAAACUUUUUGCCUACAUGAGCGUGAAUGUGCACAUACAGGCACAGGGAUUGGGGGGAUUGUUGAAUAUGUGAAAGGUUCAGUUCAGUGGUGACUGUCGUAACACUGACAGCAAGAAGUGUGAAGAAUGCAAGGAAGGAAGAAUAUACAAACCCCUAAAGGACUUGGGCUGCUCGCUCGCUCGCUCGCUCACUCACUCACUCACUCACUCGCAAAGCGAGGCCCUGUGGUUUUCAUUUCACUCCGUUCUGAUUUGAUGCAGACUGUCGCGCAAACCUGGCGUCAGCACGGACACUCGUGCGAUGCUCGUUAACACUGGAAACGUUCGCUGGUUUCAUGCUCAGACUGGAUCCCGUUUUAGAGGAGAAGGGGCUUAUGGGAGGCCCGUCUCCUCUCCGGAUGCAGCUCGUGGACAGGAUGGAGGAAAGCAGGCAGGUCAUGUGACUCUAAGACUAGAGACGCCUGCUGGCAUCAGGAUCCAAAAAAAAAAAAAAAACAUGAAAAGGAACCCAGUGGCAUCGCGCCAGACGAACUUUGCCUGCCUGUUUCGUAUCCAUUGUCUGCACUGACUUUUUUCAACGUUCUCUGUGCUUUUUUUUUUUCAUACAGACGAAAAAAAAAACUGAGGAAAAAAACUGAAAAAAAUUAAUCUCUCACAUAGACACGCGCGCGCAACAGAAACACACUGAUUUUUUUUUUGUUUGUUUUUUGGGGGGGGUUUUUGGUUUUGGUUUUUUUUUUAGCUUGUGGCUCUUUUUCAGAGAUAAAGCUGAAAAUAAUCAAGGGAAAAUAAUUAUCAUGUUAAUGAAUGAAUUAGAAACAAAACACUGCAUGGCAGCCUCUCUCAAACACACACACAGAUUGCUUCCUGGAUUUUUUUUUUUCCUCUUUUUUUUUUUUAAAUUUGGUUCUAUUCCAAUAUCUUCAAAGUAGGAUUUUUUUUUUUAAUCCAUUGUCGUUUUGGAGUAGGAUUUCUUUCAGCCUGAAGUAGAGCUUUGAGGGAUGAUGAUGAUGAUGAGAGCUCAUUCACAUGUUCUAGCUAUUAUGCUGAACUCGGCCUAGGAUGAACUCUAGCAUUACAGUCAGCUUCGAAAUAAUAGAGAAUGAGGUUAUAAACAUUGUUUGCAAGGUCGAGCAGGAUGUUGACUCGCUGAACCCUCUCCUUGCUUUAGUUGAUGAGGUUGGAGGAGGAGAAUCAAAGCCAUUAUUGUAACAUUGAGUUGUAACGUUAAGGUCAUCAGCUUUCGGGGGAACAUCACCACCAGACUGAUACCAAAAAAAAUGGCGCACAUCUGCUUAAUACUGCUCUCAAAACAAGGCCUGCUCCUUCUUCACGUGAAAUAUACACACACGCACACACUAUUAUUCAAACACAAGGACAUAACAGUCUGCUCAGUCCUGUAUUCUACUUGAUUUUUUUUUUCCUUUCUUUCCUGCUCAAGGUUUUUGUUUUAUACUCAAAGUUCUUGGUUUGACUUCAUGGGUUGAGAUGCAGCAGAUGCCAGAAUCAGUGGUGGAUCAAAACUAUUUGACUUGGUGUACAAUCAGUUUGGGGCAUUUGUGUCGCUUUUUCUAGACACGCCAUCUAUAGCGCGAUGCACGCAAAGCAGGACACAUUCCUUCCAUGACGAACCUUGAUAUAGAGUCGUGUUAGCGUUGUGAGGAACGCUAGUCGUAGGUCAAGGUUUCUGCUGCGCUCUGCGUUGGUUGCAUCAGCCAGAAAACAACGAGAUCAAGUUCGGAACAUUCUGAAACGCAUCGAAAAGAUAUGACCAACCUUCAUUUCAGUGUAGUCCUAGAAACCAGCAUGAAUUUCAUCCUGCGUUUUUAAGAUGCUCACGUGACUCAGACUGAGGUUUCCUACGUUGCGUUAUGAGCAUCACAUGACGACAACAUGGUACAGUUCUUUUUAUCCAAGGAGCCUGACGAAAAAAAUAAUAAAAAAUACAAAAAAAAAAAAACAUUUUAGUCAUUUCCAUAUUCCAACCUGUAAAUUUCCAUUGUAAAUGCAAGACGACAAGUGAAGAAUUAUUUUUUUGCGUAGAAAUAUUAUAAAGUUCCAGAACCUACCAAAUGAUUAUGAAAAUAAAUAAAGGCCCGUCCAUUAAAAUAGCAAUCAGCAUGCUUGAGACAUCGCCUGCGCUCGUUGAGUUUUGACCCCGCCCCCUUCCGUCUCUCCGCACUCCAGAACGUCAGCAGUGAUCAAUGCACAAUCAACUACAGCAGGAACAUCAUCAAAUGCACACUUUGCCCAAAGAUUUAUGCAUCUGCAAGCAAACUGCUGAGUGUUUUAAACAAAAAAAAAAAAAGGGAGAGAGAACGAGGCUUUUUAUUGUUUUUACCCUCAUUAUUAUCACUUAUCAGAUGCUGUCCUCUGACCGCCACCCUAAAUCAGCUGAACCACAUUCAACUUUUUUUUUUUUUUUCCUUUCUUUCCUGAGCAUCAGUGUGUGGCCAUUGUCAUGGUCUUGGAUAUGUGUGCUUGUAAGAUAGUCAUUUAGUGAUUUUUCUCUUUCUUUUUUUCUCUCCAAGUAGCAGUGCAGUAACAGCGAGAUAGUCGCAUCGGUUUUAGUCAACUUUACAUAUUAUACAGUGGAGUUUACUGUUUCUUAAGGAUUUCUAAGGUCAAAGGAGUCUUCAGGAACGUCAGAAAUGCCUGUGAAGAUAGAAUCCCGAACUGAUGGAAUGGAGCAAAAAAUCUGGAAGGGGUGGAUUGCUUAAAUAUGUAACAAUUAUUCCACAAAAUCGAGUCGUACAUGAGCUGAUAGCCGAUGAGAUGCGUAAUACAAAGUUGACUAUAAGCCGUGUACGACGAGAUUGAGUGGAAUAAUUGGUUUGUUUUUUUUUUUCUAUCCACGUUCACUGGAUUUUUUGGAACGGAGCAAUUUUGACACACCCCCCCCCCCCCCCCCCAAAAAAUGCGAUAAAUAACUUUUUUUUUUUUUUAAAUAUACAAAACGUCCAACAAAAACAUUUUCUGCUUAGAAUGUAAACAAACCAGCGAAAUGACAGUAACAAUUUGUGAAAAAUGCUUUAAUAAUAAUAAUAAUAAUAAUAAUUCAUGAAAAAAAGAGACGCUCUUGCCAUCAAAUACUUUUAUUCCAUAUUUUGUUGCCCUUUUUUGUGUGUUUUUGCGAUUUUGUUUUCAAUUAGUUUUUAUUUCAUCCUCGGUUGGUUCAGCAACGCGCGCCACCAUUUUGUUUUCUUUUUUUUUUUGGCGGUUGGCAAACAAACUUAAAGGUGCAUUACUGCCACCGACUGGACUGGAGUGUAGAACAGGAGAUAUUGGGGAGAGGGGAAAUUUUUUUUUUUUUUAAGCUAUUUCUUUUAAAUACUUGAUAUACCUGAUUUGAUGCGCGCCACCAUUUUGUUUUUCUCUACUCACGGUAUAUAAGCUGAUAGCCUAGUAAUAGAGUAGCCAAUCAGAGCGUGUGAUUGCUCAUAUCCAGUGGAUGUGGAUAGAAUAAUUGUUCUUAUUAUUUGGAAGCCUGAUUAUUUGGACUAAAAAUCCACUCAGAUUUUGUUUCUAGGAUAUUUGGUAUAGUUUAAUUAUCUGUUCAUCUAAGGCAGGAGUUUUCAAACUUUUUGCAGCCAGGGGAAAAGAAAAUUACGAGUAAGGUUCCACUGAGUAAUACAGAAUACAGUAAUAAUUAUUUUCUGGACUAUUCUAAUAUUAGGCUCAUUAUUGAAAUGUGAAUUAUGAUUUCCUCCAGUGUAAUAAAUGAAAUAAAAGAAUACUUAUUAGUACUUAUGAUCACAGACACCCCGCCCCCGUUUUUCUCGGAUGCCACUUAGAGAACCCCUGAGCUCAGGUACCUUCCAGUGAAAUAAAUGACCUUGUGUUAUGUUUAGGCUUAACGAUGGUGUUUGUGUUCUCUUGGAACACUGAAGCCGAGGGAUUUUCUGAACAGGCAAAUGGUUCCGCUUGACUCUAGCACCUCUUCCAGAUUGUAGGUGUACCAGUCUUUAGUUGAAAACAUAAGCAUUUCGAUACAAAAACACACGCACUUCAUAUGUACUCCUAGCAUAGUCUGUUCUUCGCACCACUGUCGAUUGUCCACAUAACAUGUCGUGAGAUUUCAAGAUGCACCUGUCACAGGAGCACAUGAGCCGUGACCUGAACGAAUAGUACAAAUCAUGCUGAAUGUGGCAUUUGAGUCCCUUCGUCUACUUGGUGUCAGGUUGGAUCAUGUUAAAAGAGUCAGUACUGUACGUGUCAUCAGACCAGAUCCAGUUUGAUACUUGGGGAUGAAUUUAUUCUGCUCAUGUCUUGUGAUGUUUAGUGCAUCUUGGACUCUGCUGUGCUUGUCUAAACUCUGUGUCAGUAUAUACCGGAUUCACCAGUACUUUCCUUUUCCUCUUGCUAUAAAUAUAUCUAUAUAUAGACACACAUAUAUAUCUCUUCCCCUCACUCAUUCUGUCCCCUCUCGUUUGUCCCACCCUGCAUCUGCAGGACAGCCGCUAGCUGCUCCCAGAUCACAUCCCCGGUCCUCGAUCUGCUGUAUUCAGACCACCUAGAUUUCUACCCUUGCUUGUGUGUUUCCAACAGCAAAGUCUGAACGUCACAGGCAGUCAAUAACCAGGGAGCGAGCCACCCAUCAACAGUAGACCUCAACUGAAACGCAGUUCCUUGAACAGGUGCUUUUCUUUUUUUCAGCCGCUUCCUCUGCCAUGGCCGGCCACGACAGCUUAGCGCAGGUUGUGUCAGAACAAAAGAGAGUACAGUAUAUGCCAUCACUCAUCCACAUCCACAGUGGCACGACAAGACUCGCACCGCUUGUACAGCACGUUUCACGCUAUAACAGGACCCACCCCACUCCCCCGCCACCCUGUUCAUCAUCGUAACCGUUAUCCUCACUCGUCCACACCGCACCUACUCUACUCAUCAACCCUUCACUUCCUGCUACCUUCGUGCUCACUUCCUCUCCGUUAUAUAUUUUUUUGUUUAUUUGUUUGUUUGUUUUUUCUAAUCGGUUCCUUCUGGAUUUUUUUUUUCCAGUUCGUUUUUGUUUUUCUCCUUUUUAUUUGCUGUACAAAGUGUUUAAAAUAUUAUUUGUAUGAUAUGAUGUUAGUAUGGUAAUGUUCUUUAUUAAGGAAGAAGAUGAAAUUUAUUUUUGUUACUGGUCUGUUUCAUAAUUCUUUUUUAAAUUGGUAUUGUAAGAUAUCUAUGCAAGAACUGUUCAGUGGAGCGUUUUUAUUUAAGAAUGUAAUAUGUGUAAUAAAUGGUAGAAUCUGA